UACAUACACAUAGGCCUACCCUACCCCUCAUUGCUGACGACAUGGCGUCUAUCUCCCCUUCUCUUGCGCGUAAAAUAACGUCUCCGCCGGUCGCAGACGCUGCCUAUCCCGGAGGUACCAAAGUCAAUGGACUCGGGGUCGAGGAUAUGUUUAAGCAGAUCAUGGAGGUUGUACAGAAGUCGAAUGCAGAGAUUGCUGAGCUCCGUCAGGAGUGCUCUGACUUGAGACAUGCGAACAACAACCUCGAACGUCAGAUUCGUGAGGGCCUUACACCAGGGCACCACAACGGCUCCCGAGGAGCAAUCACUCCAGGCUUCAUGACCCCCGCCCCCGGCUCCCCCAACCUCCGCGCCAAAUCGCCCUUCCUCUCCCCCGGCGCUGUCCCCGCCCUCGCCAUGCCCCCCUCAAUCCACAUCCCCUCCCCCCUCGGCGACCACACCUCCUACCCCUUCGGCCCCAUCCGCGAAAUCCCCGGCUUCUACGUCGUCAUCCCCGCCGGUGGCGCCGGCACCCGUCUCUGGCCUCUCUCCCGCGAAGGCCACCCGAAGUUCCUCCUCGACGUGACGCUGCAGGGCCGUAGUCUCAUUCAAUCGACUUGGGAUCGUCUGUUGCCGCUCACUACACCGUCACGCACGACCAUCGUCGCCGGUGCGCCGCAUAUGAAAGCGAUCUCUGAACAGCUCCCCGAUCUCCUCCCGCAUAACCUUUUCUGCGAGCCUGGACCGAAGGAUUCCAUGGCUGCGAUUGGGCUCGCUGCUGCCAUCCUAGCUCGAAGGGAUCCGAACGCCGUGAUUGGGAGUUUCGCAGCGGACCAUAUGAUCUCAGGCGACGACGCGUUCUUGAGCGCCGUCUCGGAGGCGGUCCAGGUUGCGAAGAAAGACUACGUCGUGACGAUCGGCAUCGCGCCCUCGCACCCAUCCACCGCGUUCGGCUACAUCCGUCUCGGCGAAAAGCUCGACAUCGAAGACGCGCCCAAUGCUCGAAUCGUGCAGUCUUUCAAAGAGAAACCGGACGCGCGGACGGCGAAGGCGUACAUCAAUACGGGGAACUACCGCUGGAACGCAGGGAUGUUCGUCGUGAAGGCUUCCUUCCUCCUCAAGCUCCUGAAGACGUAUAAGCCGGAAUUGGAGGAGGGACUGCAGAAGGUCGCGGCGGCGUGGGACGACGAGACGUUGAGGGCGAAGGUGCUGAGCGAGGUGUGGCCCGCGUUGGAGAAGAUUCCGAUUGAUAAUGCGGUGGCGGAGCCGGCGGCGGCGGAGGGGAGGGUGGCGGUCGUGCCGGCUACAUUUGGGUGGGACGAUGUGGGGGAUUUCUCAUCGUUGGCGGAUUUGUUGCCUGCGGAGGCGAAUCAGUCGAGGGUUCUUGGUGAUCAUCAUCUUGUCUUGACGGAGCAGGUGGCGGGUGGUAUCGUCGUUCCGGGUUCAGGUCGUCUAGUCGCCCUUCUGGGUGUAGACGACCUCAUCGUCGUCGAUCUUCCUGAUACGGUGAUGAUCACUACCAGGGCCCGAUCCCAAGAAGUCAAGAGGCUCGUGAAGAAGGUGAAGGAUGCUGGCUGGAAAGCUCUGAUCUGAUCUCCUCCGGGGUGACCGCUCAUAGCGAACGAAGAGGGCCUUCCAAUGUUUCUAUACCCGCGUUGUUGGACUGGACUAUGGACUGCUUCGAAGCUCCGAGCUUUGUGGAUCAGGACCGAUCUGGCGCUUCUGAGGCGUGCAAUCUUCUCUCUUCUUUUCUUUCUACCAAACUGAACCUCUCCACUCCAUUGAAAUUUGGACCUCAAAGUAUCUAUAUAUUGACAUUGUUUCUGUUAUCGCUCUUCGAUCUUUACUUAUCGCAUCAUUUUUGCUGUACUUUAUUCUUCUUGAUUCAGUCUCCUGUUUGUCUGUUUGUCUGUCUGUCUGUCUAACAUUACUCUCGAGGAAAAAAUAAUGACUCGGUUG